AUGCUACAUCCAAACCAACACCCCCACAUCCCUCAAGCAUACUCAUACAUCCCAACAUACAUCAACCAUCGCCACCAAAUCAAUAAAGAUGUACACUUCAACCCUCCUCCUCCCCCUCCUCGCAACCGCCCUCCUAGCCACCGCCUCCCCGACAGGCACCCAACUCCCGCGGCCCCCAUCUGCGGCACCUGCAACCCGCUCUCCGGCCAGAACAACUGCGACGUGACCACCUCGUGCAUCAACACCGGCACGCGCUUCCACUGCGCCUGCCGCGCCGGCUACAAGGCCUCGCCCGCCAACACCGACGUCACCAAGCAGUUCCGGCUGCCCUUCCCCAACUUCCAGUUCCUGGUGUUUGUCCCCGAGUUCACCCAGUGCAAUACCCUGUGCGACAACCCGUACGGCGCCAGUCCGCAGCUUUGUGCGGAGGUGCCGGUGCAGAGUUCUUGUCCGGUUUAG